CCGAAAUACACAAACCCUCAGAGCCAUAACUCUAAACACAUAUAUAAGCCGCAACAACUCUAGAACGAGGCGGUCCACCCAAAACCCUAAUUUCUGAAGGUAAGAAGGAGGAGGAGAAGAAGAAAUGGCGGUGCCGCUUCUAAGUAAGAAAAUCGUGAAGAAGAGGGUCAAGCAGUUCAAGAGACCCCAGAGCGACCGCAAAAUCUCGGUUAAGACGAACUGGCGCAGACCAAAGGGUAUUGAUUCUCGUGUAAGAAGAAAGUUCAAGGGAUGCACUCUGAUGCCCAACAUUGGGUACGGUUCAGACAAGAAGACAAGACAUUAUCUUCCAAAUGGUUUUAAGAAAUUUGUUGUACACAAUGUUGGAGAGCUUGAACUUUUGAUGAUGCACAACAGGACAUACUGUGCUGAGAUUGCCCAUGAUGUUUCGACAAAGAAGAGAAAACAGAUCGUUGAACGGGCAGCACAGCUUGAUGUCGUUGUUACGAACAAGCUUUCCAGGCUGCACAGCCAAGAAGAUGAAUGAGCAUAAGCUUGUAGUUGUUAUGUUUAGCAUUGAAGCUUUGUUUAGCAAAAUUUGGAUAAUUUUGUUGUUUUAGAUGACAAUAACAUUUUCAACCAAGACUUUGUAUCAUGGAGUUAUUACUUCAAGUACAAUUAUGUCCUAAUAUAUUUUUAAAGCACUUUCUAUGCA